GGACACACUGGUAGAUGAAAAGCUAGACGACAUUCAAAGUCGUUAUUCAAACUUCAACUCCUCCAUUUGUUAAAAACUUUUUUUCUACAGACAAACCUCAUAAACCAACACCCAAAUCACCCUCUUUAUUGGUGUAUAGUACAUAAGUAUUUUUUUUUCACUUAUGUUUUCCUUAACUUUGUCUCUCCUCCCUUUUCUUUUCUCCAUUUCCCCAAUAGAAAUUGAAGUAUUUUUGUGUUAAAGUUAGAAAAAGAUUGGAUUUUUUUCCUGUUUUAUUCAUCUUUCUGAGUUCUAAUCCAUUUUUUGUUUCUGGGUUCUUGGGGUUUUUUUCAUUUUGUUGUAUUAACUUGAAGGGAAGUGAAAAAAAGGGAGGAUUUUUGGAGUAUUAGUGAUGGUGACAAAGUUUCAUUUUUUCAUUUUGUUGUUUCUGUUCUUGUUUUCAUCUGGUUGUGUGGUGGCAUCUGGAGGAUUUUACAGUUUUAGAAAUAUGAAUUCUAGUGUUUCUGGGAUUGUAUUACCUGAGCAUCCAAGCUUCAAUGGUGUUUCUUCUUCUGCAAACUCAGAUUGCAACUAUGGGGUUUCUGAGAAAUCAACGACUCAUUCAAUAGCUCAAGAACUAGAUGGGUCUGAAGAUGUCUCAGAUGUUUCUAACCAGCAAAAAGAAGAAUCUGUGAAGUUUCAUUUAAGGCACAGAUCAGAAAAAAUUGAGGCUAAAGACUCAGUUUUUGGGGAUUUGAGUAGGAUUCAGACAUUGCAUACAAGGAUUGUUGAGAAGAAAAAUCAGAAUACUAAUUCAAGACUUGCAAAAAGUAGUGAAAAACAUGAGAUUGCUCCUGCUCAUGCUCCGGUAGCCGCCGCCUCGCCGCCACUGGAAUCUCUGUCUUAUGAGCUCUCUGGGAAGCUCAUGGCAACUUUGGAGUCAGGGGUGAGUCUUGGUUCAGGAGAGUAUUUCAUGGAUGUAUUUGUGGGUACACCUCCUAAGCAUUUUUCUUUGAUUCUUGAUACUGGUAGUGAUCUUAAUUGGCUUCAAUGUGUUCCUUGUUAUGAUUGUUUUGAACAAAAUGGCCCCCAUUAUGAUCCUAAAGACUCUAGUUCUUUUAGAAAUAUAAGUUGUCAUGAACCUAGGUGUCAAUUUGUUACAUCCCCUGAUCCUCCACAGCCAUGUAAGUCUGAGAAUCAGACUUGCCCUUAUUACUAUUGGUAUGGUGAUAGCUCCAAUACGACUGGCGAUUUCGCUCUAGAAACGUUUACUGUUAACCUCACGACCCCGAGUGGGAGUGAGUUUAGGAAGGUGGAAGAUGUGAUGUUUGGUUGUGGUCAUUGGAAUAGAGGGUUGUUUCAUGGUGCUGCUGGUUUGUUAGGACUUGGGAGAGGGCCACUUUCCUUUGCCUCUCAGCUUCAAUCUUUGUACGGUCAUUCUUUUUCGUACUGCCUUGUGGAUAGGAAUAGCAAUUCUAGUGUAAGCAGCAAAUUGAUUUUUGGUGAAGAUAAGGAUCUUUUGAAGCAUCCACAAUUGAACUUUACUUCAUUGGUUGGUGGCAAAGACAACCCUGCAGAGACUUUCUACUAUGUGCAGAUAAAAUCUGUCAUAGUUGGAGGAGAGGUACUGAAUAUACCGAAGGAGACGUGGAAUUUGUCUCCAGAAGGUGUUGGUGGUACAAUCAUUGAUUCAGGAACCACAUUGAGUUACUUUGCUGAACCAGCCUAUGAGAUUAUAAAAGAGGCAUUUGUCAAGAAGGUCAAGAGCUAUCCCAUUGUACAAGACUUCCCUAUUUUGAAUCCAUGUUACAAUGUGUCCGGAGUGAAGAACGUUGAAUUUCCCUCGUUUGGAAUUGUGUUUGGUGAUGGAGCUGUAUGGAAUUUUCCAGUAGAGAACUACUUCAUCAAACUUGAACCCGAUAUCGUUUGUUUGGCAAUUCUUGGGACUCCUCGGUCUGCUUUGUCGAUAAUUGGAAACUAUCAACAGCAGAAUUUUCAUAUCUUAUAUGACACCAAGAGGUCCAGACUGGGAUAUGCACCAACAAGAUGUGCUGAUGUUUGAUUUUUUUGUCUAGAAUUCUUGGGGUGGAAGGUGGGAAAAUUGUACACAUAGUGGGAUGGAAAAAUAUUGUGUUCAUUCUUUCCUGAACAUAAAAAUACAUUGUAGAUUAAACUGUACUUCCCCUUAAAUUUUUUAACUGUAGAUGAUUUUAUGUUGCUUGGCAACUAUGUAACAGAACUAUUAUUGAAGAUUUAUUCACAUUUUGAAAGUCUGAA